AUUCAGGACUAAAUAUUUGAUUUCUUUUAUCUUGCAGAUCUCCUGAUGUUACCAAGGCCAUCCUGGUACACUGCGUGUCUAAUACUCAUAAUGUAAUGGCCGUCAUGUGACAAAAGAUGACAACAAUGACCCUCACUGAAAGGCUACGUGAAAAGAUAUCACAAGCAUUCUAUAACCAUGGGCUCUUGUGUGCAUCUUAUCCUAUUCCCAUUAUUUUUUUUACUGCUGUGUGCAUCUUAACGUGUUGUUAUCCCUUAUUAAAACUACCUCUGCCAGGGACAGGACCUGUGGAGUUCACUACACCAGUGAAGGAUUAUUCUGUACCCCCACUUGAACCAAAUCUGCGACACACUGAUCAGAGUGAGAGACCAGAUUGGUAUGUUGGACCUCCAGUUGCAUACAUCCAACAGAUAUUUGUAAAAGCUAUUGUGUCCCCUUGGAACAAAAACCUAAUUGGUGUAGAUAUAUUCCGUGCCCCUCUGUCGAAAGUUUUUCAGCUGGUGGAAGAAAUAAGAAAUCACGUCUUUCAAGACAGUACUGGCCCCAAAGGCCUAGAAAGUGUCUGUCUCCAAAUCACUGAUCUACUCCCUGGCUUAAAGAAGUUACGGAGUCUACUUCCUGAACAUGGCUGCCUCCUCAUCUCUCCAGCCAAUUUCUGGAAGAAUAAUCGUGAUCACUUUGACUCUGAUCCAGAUAUCAUUCGCACUAUUCACCAAUAUGAGCCAAAGACUCUCCAAACAUCUGCUUCACUUAAAGACUUGCUGUUUGGAAUUCCUGGAAAGCACAGUGGCGUCAGCUUGCACAAUCGCAAAAGGCUGGUAUCCUAUGCUGUCACCAUCAUCCUACAGGAGUACCACUCGAGAUUCCUAAACAGUCUCCGAUUGAGGUUGAAGCAGCUUCAUCCUAAUACGAACAGCACUCUGAGAGAAGAUCAGAUAGUCCAUGUCCACUUUAAAGAAGAAAUUGGCAUUGCUGAAUUGAUUCCUCUGGUCACUACGUACAUCAUUCUUUUUGCAUACAUUUAUUUCUCUACCAGAAAGAUUGACAUGGUGAAAUCAAAAUGGGGACUUGCACUUGCAGCAGUAGCAACUGUUCUGAGCUCUCUCCUGAUGUCGGUUGGUUUGUGUACUCUUUUUGGUCUUACACCUACCUUAAAUGGUGGUGAGAUAUUUCCAUACCUGGUUGUGGUCAUUGGUUUGGAGAAUGUCCUCGUUCUCACUAAGUCAGUUGUUUCCACACCUGUUGAUCUUGAAGUCAAACUACGAAUAGCACAAGGUUUAAGCAAUGAAAGCUGGUCCAUUAUGAAGAACAUGGCUACUGAACUUGUUAUCAUACUGAUUGGUUACUUUACCCUAGUUCCAGCUAUUCAGGAAUUUUGCCUGUUUGCAGUGGUUGGACUUGUUUCCGAUUUCUUUCUGCAGAUGUUUUUCUUCACAACAGUGCUAUCCAUUGAUAUCCGUCGCAUGGAGCUUGCCGACCUCAAUAGGCGUCUUCCAGCAGAGGCUGUGCAAGAAAUCCCUGACCAUUUGAGGCUGCCUCGCUCCAAGUCACUUCCAAGGCAACAGAGAUAUGAACGUCAGCCUAUGAUGCGAACUUCAGCUCCGUACACCAUUUCCCUGCAGACGUCGUCUUUUAGAAAUUUACGGUUGCCAAAGAGAUUGAGGGUAGUAUAUUUUCUGGCUCGGACGCGACUUGCACAGAGAAUCAUUAUGAUGGGUACAGUAAUAUGGAUUGGCAUCUUGGUUUACACUGAUCCUGCUGGCCUCCGGACAUUUUUGACAGCUCAGGUUGCUGAACAGAGCCCGCUAGGAGAGAGUGGCUUACCACCUCUUGCAGUUCCACCAGGGGUUUUCCAGAGGGGAGAUACUAAGAGCAGUUUGCCUGCUUUUCCAUCAGAUGUAAACCCAGCAUUAGAGAACCAGUCACGUGGCACAGAUCAGAACAAGAAUCCAAAUCCUCUUGAUGCCUUACCUUUGCCCAACCCUGAAAGUGUAAUUGACGAUGACAAACAGCAGGUCCGUAGUGAUACCAGUCUCCCAGAGAAUGACUUCAAAGAAGAGAUCACGUGGGGAGUUCAGGAUCAGGAAAUGUGGCGAAAACUAUCAUUCAGACAUUGGCCAACUCUCUUCAGUUAUUACAAUAAUACAUUGGCAAGAAAGUAUGUUAGCAUACUUCCCAUCAUCCCUGUAUCUUUCCAUCUGAGUCUGCAAGAUGCCCUGGAUGCAAGACACCCCCAAGAUGCAAAGCGAUACUACUCCACGUUCUUGGCAGAUUACGAAGAGGCAAAAAGUAUUGAUAGAAAUUGGGCGAGGGAACAGGCUUCCUCUAAACCACAAGCCCCUUUAGACAUCACACUUUACAAAGUUGGAGCUCUUGGAUUGGCAUCAGGAGUCCUCCUCGUAAUUCUGCUGUUCUGCUUGUAUAAGGUGUUCUGUCCAAAGACGUAUGGCCAGGGUGGUCUGUCUUAUGGGAGAAGGCGACGUGGGGACUUACCUUGUGAUGAUUAUGGCUACUCACCCCCUGUCAGUGAAACCUUACCAUUGAUUUUAAAGGGACACUUAAUGGAUAUUGAAUGCUUGGCCAGUGAUGGGAUGUUGUUGGUCAGUUGCUGCUUGUCAGGACAGAUCAGAGUUUGGGACGCACAGACUGGUGAUUGUCUGACUGUCAUACCAAACCCAGGGCAGUGGAGGGAUAGUAGCAGUUGCUAUGAACGUCAAGAGAGUUGGGAGUAUAUAUCAGAUCCUGAGAAUGGAGCAGAUGAUGUAUAUGAAAGUGAGCACAACAUUCAGAGGAGAAUGACCCCUACACAACCCAUUCUGUUCACUGAUCAGCCAGAUUUAUCCGGAUUAAUAGAUACCAACUUUGCAGAGCAAAUUAAAGAGGAGAGUACAGUUCCCAGACAGCGGACUAUCUCUGAACAUUCGCAGGACACUGGCUUUGACUUUGGUAAAGCGUUUGAUAAAGCAUAUGAGGAUCAUAAACUGCUAAAUGCACAAAACCUGCGGAGUUAUCCAUCUCCUCCAACGCUAUUGAGAUCUUCUCAAACGUCUGUGAACCUCAAGUCACAUGGUUGGGAUGGCAGCUGCAUGCAGAGGAGGCGCAGUUUAGGGGAUGAACCAUUUCCUGUGCUUGAGAAAACCUCCCCCAUUCCUAUGUGGGGUGGAGACUGUGAAAGCGCUGUCUGGAGUCUUGGCAUACAAGGGAACCUGAUUGUGGCAGGAAGAAGCAAUGGACAACUUGAGGUGUGGGAUGCUGCAGAUGGAACUCUGCGCUGCAGUAACGAAGAGGGUUCUUCCGGGAUAACAGCACUGGCUUUUAUCACAAACAGAAUUGUUGCUGCAAGAUUGAAUGGCUCAUUGGAUUUCUAUUGUCUAGACACCAAUAAAACCAUCAACCAGCUGCAGUACCGAGGAACACCCAACAGAUCCACAAUCCCAUCAUCACCAGUCUUCAGCAGUGGCGAUACCAUAGUUUGUCAGUUAACGCACAUGGUUCCUUGUGCACACCAAAAGCCCAUCACGGUGCUGAAAGCAGCUGCUGGCAGAGUAGUCACAGGAAGUCAGGACCACACACUCAGAAUAUAUCGACUUGAGGACUCCUGUUGUCUUUAUACGUUACAGGGUCACUCAGGAGGGAUCACAGCAGUAUAUAUAGACCAGGCAAUGGGGUUGGCUAGUGGAGGCCAAGAUGGAGCUAUUUGCCUCUGGGAUGUAUUAACUGGAAGCCGAGUGAGUCAUAUGCAUGGUCAUCGUGGUGACGUUAUAGCUCUCAUCUGCACCUCAAGCUGUGUGAUCAGUGGUGGAUUAGAUGACAUGAUCUGUAUAUGGGACCGCAGCUCUGGUAUCAAACUCUAUUCCAUUCAACAGGUAUCUGUGGCUCCAAGCAUAUGUGCAUCCACAUAUAGAUAA